UGGGUCGCGAGGCCGCCAGCGUGAGGCUUAGUGCCCGGAGCUUCCCUCUCCCGGGCCGGGAGACUCCACCGACCGGCUGCCCACGGGGGAGCGUUCGGAGGAGGGGCCGCGGGCUUGGCGCCUCGCCGCUUCCGGGCGCCCGUCGGGCCGGGCCUGCGCGCAGCACUUCCGUCGGCCGGGCGGCUGGCAGCGCGUCGGAGCCCGCGCCUCAGACCAGCGCCCCCAGAAGGCGCCCAGGACGUACCGCGCGCGCCCACCAGGCGCAGCAUCUGGAUAUAUGACCAUUGGUCCAAACACCAACUGUCUUUCUCUCAGCACCAACACAGCAAGUUCCUCCGAGGAGCUGCCCAUUGUCCACCCAGCUCCUAGAUGCGCUCCCUGCCUGGUGCUGCUGAGAGCAGCCCCUCUGCUGGUCAUGCUGAGCUCAUCCUCUGAUGGCUGUUCCAUGGCGUGGAGACUAGGUCCCCUCCCUUCUCCUGCAUUUCCAAUGCCUGGUUUCAUGGGGUUAGUUUUGAGUCCAACACUAUGGCAUCAUCAACCUCCUCUGGAGCUUGUGGCUCUGGGUCCAAGAAGCCUCUGGGCAAGGUGGCUGAGUGGUUCAGGCAAGCCCUGUCCAAGAAGCCCAAGAUGCCCAUCUCCUCUGACAGCCCCCCCAGUGCUGCACCCCAGCCCAGCUCCCAGGACAGCACCUCGUCCGCGGGGCUUAGCUCUGCCUCCAUGUCCUCCACCUCACCACCUACCCCAGAAACCCCCAGCACCAGCAGUGGCCGCUGGAGCAAGGACUACGACGUGUGCGUGUGCCACAGUGAGGAGGACCUGGUGGCCGCACAGGAGCUGGUGGCCUACUUGGAGGGCAGCACUGCCAGCCUGCGCUGCUUCUUGCAGCUCCGUGAUGCCACGCCAGGCGGUGCCAUCGUGUCUGAGCUGUGCCAGGCACUGAGCAGCAGCCACUGCCGUGUGCUGCUCAUCACCCCUGGCUUCUUGCGGGACCCCUGGUGCAAGUACCAGAUGCUGCAGGCGCUGACCGAGGCCCCGGGUGCUGAGGGCUGCACCAUCCCACUUCUGUCCGGGCUACCCAGAGCUGCCUGCCCUGCCGAGCUCCGGUUCAUGUACUUCGUGGAUGCCAGCCGGGGCCCCGACAGAGGCUUUCACCAAGUCAAGGAGGCCAUCCUGCGCUAUCUGCAGACACUCAGUUGACACCUCCUAUACCACAAGAGGCAGAGAUUUGGAGCUACUCUGGGGAUGAAAUCAGAGGGCCUGGGAUCCCAGCACAUGCGACAGGACCAGAGUUUGCAGCACUACGGAUGUGACCUAGGGGUCAGAUGGCCCAUUGGGCUUCCACCACUUGGCUCUCCAGGAAAAUGAUGGGAAGUCAGGGACUACCCCCAGAAGGCCAUGGGGAGUAAGGGAACUCCCCCAGGAAGGCAUUGAGGAAGCUGGGGAUGCCCCCAGAAUGGCGGGGGUAGGGGAGUCAGAAAUUUGGAUGGGCUGGCACCAAUAAGAUCACCACUGCUGGGCGAAGGGUAGAUAUGCAAACAGAUUCUCAUGCCUGAGGCUCCAAAGUCCCAGGUUCAGUCCCCCGCACCACCAUAAGCCAGAGUUGAACAGUGCUCUGGUUAAAAAAAAGAAGAAGAAAAGAAGAUCACCACUGUUUUCCCUCCUGCGUAAGUGAAGAUGCAGUUGGAGUGGCCACUGGUGAAGACAUUUUCCCCCUGAAGUAGGGACUAACUGGAUGAAUGAACUAGAAUUGUAGGCUGCCUGGAGAAAACCCUGGAACUAGAGGACAGGACAAAGCAACAGGUACUUCACACUCACACUACUGCCACUCACUUUCCGGUGACAUGACUCCCUGCUAGCAGCUAUAUAAAAGACGUGUUCAGCACUAUUUGAUGUUUACUGCAUGCAAGCCACAAAUCACUAACGGCUCAAGCCUGGAAACCAUUUGAACAGAGAGGAGCGAGUAGGAGCAGGUGUGGAUGAUGAGCUGCUCUGUUCAGCUCCUUUACUCAGGACCACAGGUGAGGACCUCAGGGGGGUUCUGACUGGAACUCAUUUCUCCUACAGAAGUUUGAGAAAGUUCAGCAUCUUUUUUCCUGUCAAAUGACUGCCUGUGGGACAGGUAACGUUUCAUUCAUUUGUUCUCAAGUGUGAACCAAAAUGAAUUUCUUACUCUCCCCAACAAGUCCUUUUGUGCCUCUUUUCUUCUCUCACUUCCCCCUACUAAGUUGCCUCCUUUAUUAUAAAGACGAAUUAUUCCACUCAUUUGCAUCAUCACCUAAACAUAUUGAAGCAAAUUCCAGGCACAAUUAUUACUAUGGUUCAGUUUUUAUUUGGAGAAAGAGCAAGUUCCACUUAAACAAGGCUCCACCAUCCAUGCAGUUCAUUUGGUGCUACCCACAGUGCUCCCAUGUGGUAUCAAGAAUGAGUAGACUGCUUUUCUGUGGUCUUAUUAAGGAAAUCCUUCCCUACUAUUAUAUUUUCCUCAAGAAGUAUUUUUUAAUAUUUAGGUAUUUAAUCCACCUGGGUGUUUCAUUUUGAAUCUGUUGUUGCUCUUUAUUUGUAAGUCAAAGAUUCAUUCCUCACCUCAUCUUAACUAUUUCAUCCUUCCCAGCUACAGACUGUCAACACUAGUGAUACCACCAGUUUUCUGGUGGUAUUUAGGCUCUCCAGUUUUCUCAUCUCUGUGUUUGUGUACCCCUGUCAGUGGUACACUGGCUUUAUUACUUUAGUUUGUGAUAAACCUUGAAUUUAUAGGUCAGUCCUCCCAACUCAUCCUCUUUGUAAAAUUAUUUUAGAUACAGAGAGAAAUUUAGAGGGAAGAGGGCAGAUAGAGAAUGAGAGAGACCCACAGCAAACUUUCACCACUCAUGAAGCUUCCCUUCCCUCUGCAGGUGGGGACUGGGGGCUUGAGCCUGGGUCCUUCACACUAAAAUGUUUGCACUCAACCUUCUGUGCCACUACCCAGCCCUGUCUCCCCAAACCCUUUUUCUUUUUUUUUUCAAACCCCUUUCUUAUUCAUCAAAAUAAUUUUUUAAAAAUAUUUUAUUUAUUUAUUAGCAAGAAAGAUAGGAGAGAGAAAGAACCAGACAUCACUCUGGUACAUGUGCUGCCAGGGACUGAACUCAGGACUUCAUGCUUGAGAGUCUAGUGCCUUAGCCACUGCACCACCUCCCAAACCACAAUAAUUAUUGUUAUUUUUUUAUUUUUUACCAGAGCACUGUCCAGGUCUGGUUUAUGGUGUUACAGAGGAUUGAACCUGAGACUCUGGAGCCUCAGGCAUGAGAGUUUCUUUGCAUAACCAUUAUGCUAUCUACCACCACCCAUCAAAAUCAUUUUAACUUCUCUUGUUUCUUUACUUUUGUUUUCAUUUCUUUUUCUUUUGUGUUGGGAACCAAACCUAGGACUUCAUGCAUGUGAAGCAUGCAUCUUACACUGAGCUACAUCCUUUUCCCCUUUGUUCCUGCCCACUUUCACCUAAAUUCUUUUCUCAGUUUGUCAAGUUUCAGGGAAAUGCCUGAUAAGUAUUUUUUUUUUAUUAAAGUAUUGUUGGACUGGCAUUGAGUGGAGGGGCCAAGCAGUAGUGCACCUUGUUGAGAGUUGAAAAAUUAAUUUAAGAAGAAAGUUAUAUUUCAUAUAUUUGUCUUUAAUUGUAAUCCAAUAAAACUUUAUAAAUCUCUCCA